GCCAAAAUGGCCUCAACUACUAAGCCGAUCCAGAAAGUCCUGGACUCAACCAAACUCGCGAGCUUGUCAAAAUUUAUCCGCAAACCUCCAAUUGAUCCCAAGGCACCAAUCCAGGGGAAGGUUCGACAAGUCAAGUCCAAUGCUUAUAAGGAGCAUGUGAAGCGCGAGGCUGGGCGAUUGCGAAAGGCGCUGAAUGCUCUUACACACGGAAAGGAUAUCUUCGCCUACCACAAUGUUCGCACGAAUCAGGUCGUGUAUUCCCUGACACGGUACUUGGAGAAAACCAACCUCCUCCGCCAAAUGAUUUACCACGGCAAAAAGACUGUUCCCGCCGAGCUCCGUCAAGACAUGUGGACGCCCUACUACUCCGUCCACUUCAGCGACUCAAGCUUGGGUCUACGUGCCUACCACCUCCUACGCGAAUUCUCGAUGCAACGACAACUCGCAGCGCCUCAAGAGAUGAUCACCGUGACCGCAGAGUACCUUAAUUCGAAGCGACCAAAAAGCCCUAUCGAGGCAGAGAAGUUCGAUCGGAUCAACAUGAAGCGUAUCGGCCAAACAAUGGAGAAGAAAGAGCGUGCUCGUGUACUGAUGGACCAGAAGGCGACCUCUGUUGCGGAUAUUGCCGCUGUCCUGGCUAUCCAGCGAGAGGAUAUUGAUAAUGGUCUGCUGGAGCGGGACGGCAAGCGUGGUUACCUUAGCCCGAAGGCACGCCAGCGCCGCCGUGAGCAUUUCGAGAUGGAAGAGAAGGUUGAGAUGGCUCGCGCAACUCGCAUUGCUGCGCUGGAGGAACACCUGAGCAAUCAGGGUACAACUGUGAAGAUUGGUGAGCCAGAGGGCUCUCGCCCUGCGGAUCCCCGAGAAGUCAAGAUUCUCUGGCGUGAUGUACACGAUGCACACUUUGCCGAGUCAUGGAUCUCGGGUGUGCAGCACGGCCAGCUGAAGCCCCAGCGUGGCGCUGUUAUGUCCUCCGAGCUGCUGAUCGAGAACCCUGAGAUUGUCGCCGAUGGUGAAUUCGCAGAGCAGACUGAGGCGUCAUCAGAGAAGAAGUAG